AUGGUGCCGAAACCGGCGUCUUCGCCACGGCCGGCGAGUUUUUGCUAUGAUGUUAACAAGCUUACUCGGGACUUAACAAUCGACGAUUUCUCGGACAUGGAUCUCUCAGAAAUAACGCGCGAUGAUUACACAAGUUCGAUGGAGUCGCUUGUUUCUCUCCGGUCAAACGCCGUGCUCCUCUCUCCCGUUCUCAAAGUCUCCGCGAUGCCAAACAAGCUCCUCCUAAAAAGUGCCUCUCCCUUUCCGACGCGUACGACAGACCGGCCGAACAAUCCAGAGUCAAUCAUUCUCGCCUUUCUGAAGGCAAAUAUUAUCGUAGUCAAAUUGUUGUCGUAUGAAGUUUUGAACUACAAGAAGCCAAUCACGAAAGCUUCGUUCAAAGAAUUAUGUGGAUGGGGAGUAUUCAGGCCCUUAGAGGUAGAUGCUGCUGUUCUCAAAGGAAAGGUUGUUGUUCCAACCCACAUCGCUUCAUUUGGACUCUCUGCGAAGGUGAAGGGCCAACUACCCGUCAGCAUUGGCGAGCCACUGGUGAUCAAGCCCUCAGAAAAUAUUAAUGAUGAAUGGUACGUCGCAUAA